AUGUCAUCAUCAGGCACCGGAGUCCCGCUAUGGAAGUCUCCGAUACCCUAUCUGUUUGGCAGCCUAGCUCUGAUACUGUUACUCAUCUCCGUAGCGUUGAUCAUCUUAGUGUGCUCGUACAGGAAACGUGCUUCGAAUUCAGCAGCUGAAAAUGAUGAAGAAAAGCCAGCAAAGAUCAUGAACACAUCGGUCGACACCGAGCCAAAGAUCGUUGUCGUAAUGGCCGGCGACGACAAGCCCUCGUUCUUGGCUACGCCUAGCAUUCCUUCAACUUGCGCUUGUCAGCAAGUUUAA